GGGCUUGUAGUCCGGGUCCCCAGGGGGGCUGCGGCCGUUGGGCGCGGGCAGUGGUGGAACGCGUGCCCCGACCCAGGCGGGGGAAAGGAACCCCGAAAUCGCCGAGGGGGCUGGCGAGGAGGCGGUGCGGCCGCGCGGGGCCCCCCUGCCGUGACCGGGUGUCCGGGAGCCGGCCUGACGAUUGAAGCCCGCAGUGUCUCCCCGGCGAGCCCGCAGUUGUCCCGAUGGGCGGCCCCAGGCGCAAGUGUGGGCCGUGGGAGGCCCGGCUGCGCGCGGGGGCCCCGCGGCCGUCACGCCGCCUCUCCCCGCAGAUGGAGGUGUUCCAGGCCCUGCAGCGCCUGCACAUGACCGUUUUCUCCCAGAGCGUCUCGCCCUGCGGCAAGUUCCUGGCAGCAGGCAAUAACUACGGGCAGAUCGCGGUGUUCAGCUUGUCGGCCGCCCUGAGCUCCGAGGCCAAGGAGGAAAGCAAGAAGCCCGUGGUGACUUUCCAAGCCCACGAGGGACCCGUCUACACCAUGGUGUCCACUGAGCGACAGCUACUCAGCGCCGGUGACGGGGAGGUGAAGGCCUGGCUCUGGGCGGAGAUCCUCAAGAAGGGCUGUAAGGAGCUGUGGCGGCGGCAACCCCCCUACAGGACCAGCCUGGAAGCACCUGAGAUCAACGCUUUGCUUCUCGUCCCCAAGGAGAACUCCCUCAUCCUGGCGGGGGGCGACAGUCAGCUGCACACCAUGGACCUGGAGACGGGGACCUUCACGCGGGCCCUUCGGGGACACACAGAUUACGUCCACUGCCUGGCGCUGCGGGAGCGGAGCCCCGAGGUGUUGUCAGGGGGCGAGGAUGGGGCCGUGCGGCUGUGGGAUCUGCGCUCGGCCAAGGAAGUCCAGACGAUCGAGGUGUACAAGCACGAGGAGUGCGCACGGCCCCACAAUGGGCGUUGGAUUGGAUGCUUGGCCACAGACUCUGACUGGAUGGUCUGCGGUGGGGGCCCAGCGCUCACCCUGUGGCACCUGCGCUCCUCCACGCCCACCACCGUCUUCCCGCUGCGGGCGCCGCAGAGGCAUGUCACCUUCUACCAGGACCUGAUCCUGUCGGCGGGACAAGGCCCUUGUGUCAACCAGUGGCAGUUGAGCGGGGAGCUCAAGGCCCAAGUGCCCAGCUCAUCCCCGGGGCUGCUCAGUCUCGCCCUCAACCAGCAGCCAGCAGCCCCCGAGUGCAAGGUCCUGACAGCGGCGGGCAACAGCUGCAGAGUGGACGUCUUCACCAACCUGGGCUACCGCGCCUUCUCCCUGUCCUUCUGAGCACCGCCCGCCACUUUGCAGCCUUUUAUUUUUUUUAUACAAUAAAAGUUCCGUUUUUUUUUUU